AUGAUAUUCUUUGCUCCACUAUCCGAGGUGGUUGAAAGAGAGGAUGGUUCAUCUUUUCAUUUAUACUAUUCUCAACAUAUCAAGAAGAGUUGGCGCAACGAAUGUAUCGCUAAUCUAGUAUAUAGCGAGCCCCAAACAUACAUGUUCAAGGAAAUGAGAGAUGCUUUAGGAAUUACAAAAACAACAGAUAUACUCGAGCACAUUGAUACUCUGCCGAAAUCAGAACAAUGGACUGCCCUUGAGUCUAUCCGCAAUAUUGAGCGCGAAGCUAUGAAGGCCCAGACCCCUCAACCAGGUCUGAUGACUCUAAUGGCGUACCUCGACGCCAAUGCCAUCCCCAAGGCGAUAUGCACCCGCAACUUUGAUGUCCCUGUUCAGAACCUUGUGGACAAGUUUCUUGAAGGCUCUCGCUUUCAUCCCAUUGUGACGCGAGACUUCCGCCCACCCAAACCUGAUCCUGCCGGUAUCCUGCACAUCGCUAAGAACUGGGGCUUACACGGCGAAUCUGGCGAGGGUGACGCCAGUGGUCUUAUCAUGGUGGGCGACUCCAUCGACGACAUGACCGCAGGCAGAAAGGCUGGCGCAGCUACUGUAUUGCUCGUGAAUGAUGCAAAUCGAGCAUUGGCUGAACAUGCCCAUACUGACCUGGUCAUUUCUACGCUGGAUGAGCUCGUUGAUAUCCUUGAACAAGGCUUCGUAGGAAGAGACGUUCCGGAAUAG